UAUUGUGUGUGAGAGGACCCACACAUACAGCAGGAGCCACAAGGUGAGGACGACCGAGACAAAGAAGGAGAGACCGAGAGGGAGUUUUUCUCUGCUUGACAUCCUGCAAGAUGUUCAAGAAAAAGGAUGCCCAGAAGAGCUCGAGCAAGCUCAGCAAGUCUCAGGCAGGCAACUUGGCUCAGCUGAUCGCUCAGAUUCAAAAGAAUGCCGACAGGGUGGAGAAGGAUGUCCUCCGGUCCGAACAGCUGCUGGCUGUGGACUAUGAAAAUGAAAAGAAGGAGCAGCCCUUUCAGCAUCAAGAGGAGCUUAAAAUCAAACUGGGAGAUGCCGAGGAGCACCUUAAGGAACUCUUCCUGGAUGUGGACAAAGUCAAGAAGCUCAAUCACCCACAAGCCAAAGAGAUUGAGAACGAUGUCAUCCUCCUGCACGAGCGCUGGCUGAAGGACGCUGGCGUCUACAGAGACAUCUACGAGCAGAUCGACGACGUGCAGCUGAUGCCCAGAAUCGACUGGGCACCUGCGCUCAAUCAGAAGCAGAAAGACCUGAACACGGAGGAGUUUGGUCCCACCAUGGCUGACCUGGAGAAGCAGAUCGCGGUGCACAACCUGCUGCACAAAGAGCUGGAGUCCUACAGCUCGCAGCUUUGCGUCAGCUCCGCAGGAAGCAAGGACAAAUAUUUGAGCCUGAAGAAACAGUACAACAACCUGGUGGACAACUCCAAGUGGCGUCGCCACUACCUGAACAGCUUGUACGAAUACAUGCAGGGCUGCAACAAGGAACUGGUCUUCCUGGGAGAGGAACAGGACAAGAUCAAGAAGCAGGACUGGAGCGAUCACAUGGCGGACCCGCCGGACGUUCGCAGGCAGUACGAGAAUUUCAAGAACAACAGUCUUUUGUCCCACGAGAGUGAGAUCAACAGACUCCAGGAUGAGGGGGACCGGCUCAUCGAGCUGAAGCACCCCGCCAGUGAAACAAUACAGGCUCAAAGAGACACAGUCAGAAACGAGUGGCAGAAAUUCCUCAAUCUGUGCAUCUGUCAGGAGACACAUCUGGACAACGUAGAGGAAUACCAAAAGUAUCAACUGGACACUCAGCAGCUGUCGGAGACCCUGACCCAACUGAACAACACCCUGGAGCCAAACUCCGUCAGCAAGAAGAGCAGCCCACAGACUCUGCUGCAGCUCGAGGGGGAGGAGACAACAGUAAAGAACAGCGAACAGCUGCUGGCCGACCUGAGGAGAAGGAGCACCACCAUCCCUCCUCUGAAGCUGCGCCGCAUCACCUCCAACAGACCCGUUACAGUCGAGUCCCUGUGCGACUGGGAAACCAACAAGGCUUCUCUGUCAAGAGGAGAGAAAUGCAGCCUGAAAUCAAACUACAACAACGAGAACUGGGAUGUUGUCUCCUCUGAUGGAGUUACUAAAACCUUCCCAGGAGUUUGCUUCCUGAUUCCACCUCCCGACUCAGAUGCCAUUGAUAAAGUGGACCUUUUGGGGAAUGAACUGGCAGACAUCAAGAAGAGACGAUCGGCUUUGGCAGCAUCUCUGAAGAAUAACAAGUCCAGACCUCAGCAGUCAGUUCCAGUUUCUUCUUCCUUGGACCCUAAAGCGGGGGCCCUGGCCCAGCAGCUGGCACAGCUGGACAAUGAUCUGGUCAAAGCUGAGGAGAGCACGCUGAGCCGCAUGCGGACUCCGCUGAGCCGCUCCGAUCCGGCCGGAGAUCUGGCCAAGAGGCUGCAGGAGCAAGAGCAAGCCGCGAGGUCUCUGAAGGCUCUGGAGCAGCAGAAGCAGGCAGCCCAGGCCAACAUGCAGCCUUUGCUGUCCAAAGACCCCAGCGGUACCUCCACUGGACUGCCACUCAAACUCAGCGAAACCAACAACAAGUACAACAAGCUCGCUGCACUCGCUGACCUCUACAAGAAGAAGGCGAAUGCAUCUCUCAACCUGGAGAGCCAGAUUAACAAGGUGGAUGGUCUCGUCUCUGGAUUUGAGAGAAAGCUCAGUGACGAUGGUCCAGUCCCUGAUUUACCAAAUGCGCUUCAAUCCAGCUUAGAGGAGAUUCAGCUUCAGAAGAAGUCUGUGGCAGCAGCUCAGAGUGACAUGAGAAAGCUGAGUCAGGAUCUGGAGACUACCGAACAGCUGUGUCGCUCCCUGGAGCAGGGCUACCAGGAGUACUGUCCUGACAUCCAGCGCCAGAGGAAGGAUGUCAAAGAGCUGCAGAGUCGUUACAUCAAUGUUGAAAACCAGCUGAAGGAGAGGGAAAGCAUGCUAAAAGAGGCAUCAUCUAAGAACCAGGAGUUUCAAGGAACGUGUAAAAACCUGAACUCCUUCCUGGACAACCUGCCAACGUAUAAGAACAACUGCACUGAUGAUCUGUCAGAAGUCUCUGCUAAACUCAGCUCCCAAGAGAGAGUGUUGGAUGACCUGAAGAGGAGGGAAGACGACAUAGAUAGAGUGGCUAACCUCUCUGAAGACCUGCAGAAUAUACUGAAUGAGUACGAUGGUUGUGUCAACAAGUACAACAGUACACUUGAGGACGCUGGUGCGACUAUUCCAAAGAAGCCUCGUAUGCUCACUCUCUCUGAUUCUGUUCAGAAAGAGGAAAAAAAACUAACGAAUCGAUAUGCUGAAGCAACAGCCGAAAACAUUCAACGCCAAAAGCAGAUGAGCCUGGCCAAGAAUGUGCUUUUACAAAACGAAGAAAAAGUUCAGGUGGUGGCGAAGCAGCAAGUACAACUGGAAAACCAGCAGAAGAAUGCGUUGGAGUUUGACAGUCUGCAAAAAGAGCUAGAAGAGGAAAAAGAGAGGACAGCUCACACCAUAACAAACCUCAGAUCCUUCAAAGACAGGAUGAUUUCACUUAAGAGUCGCAGAGGAGUGGAGCGGGUUGAGGAGAAGGAAGUACUGCAGUACUACAGAGACCCAAAACUGGAAAGUGAUCUGGCUACUCUAAGGAACAAACUGGAUGAAGAGAUCCUAAAGAGAACCACCACCCGGACAGAGGUUGAGGUGAUAAACAAGAAAAUCGUCAAUCUGGAGGACACUAUCACAAACACUGCUCCAAAGCUGGUGACUAGGGAAGUGACAGAGUUUGAAAAAGAUCCUCAGCUGGACAAAGAGGCUGCUAAGAUGAGAGAUGAGAUAGCGAGGAUGAGAGAUGAGAUUCGAAUGAGGGAUGGGGAGCACAUACAGAUGAAGACGGAAGUCACGAUUCUCCAGCAGAAGAGACCACCCAUCAAAGAGAAGGUGGUUAAGAAAGAAGUAGUUAAAGUGGAAAAGGAUCCAGUGAUGUUGAAAGCAGUACGAACAUUUGAGACUGAAAUUUCCGAUGAAGGCAACAAGUGCAAGCUCCUCAAUGAUGAAAUCUUCCAGACAAGAAGCCAGAUUAACGCACUUGAGAGGCUGAUACCCAACAUCCAGCCGAAGAUCAUAACUAAAGAGGUGAAAAAAGUUGAACAAGACCCUGAACUUAUCACAGAGUCGAGUAACAUCAGAACACUGGUGGAAGAGGAGAAGAUUGAAAACACCACCUUAUCCAAAGAAUUGAUGGAUCUGCAAAGCCGCUACAGACAAGUUCAAGACUGGAAGCCAAAAGUUGAGGUCAAAGAAAUUGUUAAUGAGAUCUACUGGGUAGACCCAAACACAGAAGUAGAGAUAAUGCGCCUUCGCAAAGAAAUACAAGAUUCCAAUAAACAGCGUGUUGGUCUUGAGAGGGAGAUCACACAGAUCACCACAGAGCUGAACAUCCUUCGUUCUGAGAAGCCCAAAGUGGAAAUGAAAGAAGUUCUCCAAGAGGUGAUCAAAGAGGAAAGAAGCCCUGAAAUUGAGCGAGAGAUUAAGAGGCUAAAUGAUCAAGUGAACAAUUUAUACAACCAAUAUGAAUCCCUCCAGGACAAAGUGAUCCAGCUCCGAAGAGAGAGAGAUGAACUAAAAAUGGAAAAGUCCAAGAUAGAGACCAAAGUUGUCACCAAAGAAGUAAUUAAGUAUGAGCCUGAUCCACUACUGGAGAAAGAAGCUGACCGUUUGCGCAAGAAUGUGCGAGAAGAGGCACAAUUGCGGCGUAACAUUGAAGAGAUGGUUUUUGACCUGCAAAACAAAUUCAUCAUCCUGGAAAGGCAGAAACCAGAAGAGAAAGUGGUUGUGUCAGAGGUUGUGCGUUUACAGAAGGACCCACGGCAAAUAAUGGAGCAUGAGAAGCUCAGCAAGAACCUAGAUGAAGAAGUUCUGAAGCGACGUCGGAUGGAGCUAGAGUUACAGCAAUUAAGAACCAAGCUGGAAGAUAAAAGAAGGAUCAUAGAAGAGAGUGAUGAGCGCCAAAAGAGGAUACAAGCUGAGUUUGAACUUAGAGAGAUUCGACUGCGCAUCACACAACUGGAAAAUGCCCCACCACCUGUCGAGGAGUGUAUAGUUGUUGAGGACGUACUUAAAGUUGAGCGAGACCCAAAACUGGAUAGAAUGACAAAUGGUUUGAGGUCAGACAUGGACAAGGAAACCAGCGAUAUCCUGCGUAUCCAGAGAGACAUCCGCAAUGUCACUCUAAAGCUUGAGAUUCUGCAGAAAGAGAAGUCUGGUGAGAAAACAGUGUACAAAGAGGUGGUUCGUGUUGAGAAAGACCAGGCUGUCGAAGCUGAGAGAGAUCGUCUGAGGGAGCAGGUAUCUCAGAAUAAAUUUGCUCGACAAGACCUGGAGGAUGAAAUUAGACGUCUUAAUGACAAAUUUAACUUUUUGAUGAACGUCAAAAGCAGCACUUCAAGAGAUGAGAGAACUUUUGUUUCAAAGAGAGAUGCCUUAUUGAGGGAGAAGGAAGAUUUCACACGAGAACUCAGAACAUUGGAAAUGAAAAAACACGAUAUCAGUCUGUCAUUCCAAACACAGAGUCGACUUAUAACUGAAAGAACACAGAUGAGCAGACAGAGGAGCCUUAAGAUGGAGUCAGAUGUUCAACAACUGGAGAGACAGAUCUUGGAAGAAAAAGAGCAGAUCCGUCAACGAGACAGCGCCAUUCGUGAGCUUCUGCUGUACCUGCAGAACGAAGAACAAGUAGAGACAAGAACCAAGGAAACCAAUGUCUCCACCAGAAUCACCAUUCUGGAUCCAGAAACAGGAAAAGAUAUGUCUCCCUUUGAUGCCUACAUGGGAGGCCUUAUUGAUCGUCUGCAGUACAUUCACCUUCAAGAGCUAGAGUGUGACUGGGAGGAGAUAACCUCCAUGGGUCCUGAUGGCGAGACAUCUGUCCUACAGGAUCGCAAGAGUGGAAAGCAGUAUUCUAUCAAAGAUGCACUGAAAGAAGGAAAGCUAACAGAUUAUGAUCUAAAACAGUACAAACAAGGCAAGCUGCCCAUCUCAGAGUUCGCCCUUCUGGUUGCCGGUGACACAAAGAAGCAGCCCAAGUUUAACUCAAUCCCCUCAAAGUCUACAUCAACAGUAAAAUCACCCUACAUAGACAUUUCUUCUGCUUCUGAAACAUAUCCAAUUGCCGGAAUAGUGGAUACAAACACUGACGCCUACUACACAAUACGUAGUGCUUCAGUGCGCAAACUGAUAGACCCCACCACUGCCCAAAAACUUCUCGAGGCUCAGGCAGCAACAGGUGGUAUCAUUGAUAUCAACAACAAUGAGAAAUACAAAGUUCAAAAGGCAUCAAUGAGAGGUCUUAUUGAUGACAGUCAAGUCCAGCGGCUGCUUAAUGCAGAGAAGGCUUUCACUGGAGUUGAAGACCCUGUGACUAAAGAACGUUUGUCUGUGGGAGAAGCCAUUCAGAAGAACUGGAUGCCAAAGGACACGGCAAUUCGCUACAUGGAGGCCCAGCACGUGACAGGAGGGCUGGUCGAUCCUAACACUGGUCGCAGAGUGAGCCUCUUGGAUGCAAUUGGGUCUAAAAUGAUUGACAACACAAUGCUAAGAGAUCUGCAAACUGAGGCAGCCCACAUCAAGGAUUUCAUAGAUCCACUCACAAAGGAGAAGGUCAGCUACAAACAAGCUCUGGAACGCUGUAGGAAGGAUCCAAAGUCAGGCCUACCCAUGUUGCCUGCCUCCUCCAACAACACUGUCCGAUUCUAGAAAUGUUUACCUUUUGAAGUUAUCUGGUCUGUGAAGCAUUGUGGUAAAAAUGUAAGACUAGAUAUGAAAAAAAAAGGAUUUCAUUGAAUAAAUACAAAGUACAUGUUUGACUCAUGAGAUGUCUUCUACUACAAAGCUUUCUGUCAAGCCAAAAUAUUUGCUGCUGAGUUGCAUUUGUUUACCAGACAUGUCUUGUGUGGCAGAUUUGUUCCUUUUUUUCUUUUUGUGAAUUAAUUUAAAAACAGAGUAUCACUGCUGUUUAAUCCUUAUCAUUUUUUGUUUUGGGGUAUAAUG